CUUCAAGCGUUCGUCAGUAGAUUCACAGUGUCCGAACGGCAACUGUCGGAAGCGGUUCAGUGUUUGUGGCUGGCGUGCAAGUGUUGUUGAAGCGGCUCAUGCGGUUCCGUUCAUGCGCUUGCGAUUUAAAUUUAGAACUUUGGUGUUUGUUGUCGCGUGCUCGCUCACAAACCGGUUGAAGAAUUUGGCAAUUUAUGAUGUUUGUGCUAACAAAACAUUCUGUGCAAGUUUAAUAACCUCCGAACUUAAAUUAAUCAUUGCGUUUGGAUAUUUUAUAUUUUUAAGUCAUAAAACGACUACUGAAAGUGCUAGGGAACCAAAACCAGCUGAUAAAACAUAUCUGUGCAAAAACAAAAUAACAUCGAAACCAUACUUGUGUGUGAAGAACUGUUGUGGUUAGUGAAUUGACAUAAUACGUACUGCUGCUAGAUGGAAGCCGCACUGGGCACCACACGCGAUUUCGAACUCACAAUGACCGAGUCUUUCGGUGCUGGAACGGGCAGCUUCGCAGCGACACAGCUAUGACACAAUAGCAGGAUGACCUUCGGAUUAUCAGUUUGUCUUUACACCGCACUUCGCACGCUUUGAAACACGACCGAAUUAUCCAGAUGAGUUUCAACAGCAUUCGCCAACUUGCGGUCGGCUCGUGCGGAGCGGUUUCUGUGAUUAGAUCGCGUGUUAAUUUGCAGUGGAUUGACGAGAGAAGUGAUAUUUGAAGAAAACAAACAUGUCGAUGUGAUUUGUGUUGUGCACUUUUUUUCUAGUCGUUAGUAAGAAAAAGUGUCUAUUGCGAUUUCAAAGUUAAAGUGUUAGCAAUUUUGCUGUGAAUAGUGUCACAGGAAUCAAAAUGCCGAUGAAGGAAUGGAUCUACCGGCUGCAGCCGAUGCAGCUGUACAUCGUUCUGGUGCUAUCGAUAUUGUAUCUACUGGUGCAGUUGUUCCUCAGUCACAUCUCUCAUGCCUUGGUGUUGCUGGUCGAUUCCUACCAUAUGCUGUGCAACAUUAUCGCACUCAGCGGAUACAUUUUGACCAUCAAGCACAGCAAAAAAUCCUCUACCUCGGAGACCUGCCGGCUGCGUUCGUCCGUAUCGCAGAACUCAAUAAACAACACCAGCGGGCAGGGUUUCGUUGAGCUGACACCGAUACAGGGAGACGCAACGGUCGAAGUAAGUCCAAAUCCGAACGAACCCAGUCCGGCCGUCGUGAAACAGAAAUCUAAAGCUAAGAGCCGACAGCAACGGGAAACCAGUUUGAGGAACACAUUCGGCUGGACUCGCAUCGAUGUCCUGACGAUGUUGGUCGUGUGCAUUUUGCUGGCCUCGUUCUGCUUUUCGGCAGUCGUGGAAGCCUUGCAAACCUUGUCGCACAUUCAUCACCAGGAUGCGAUGCACUAUCCAAUUCCAGUGUUGAUUCUUGGUUCGCUGGGAAUCAUUCUGAAUGGGUUCUGCUACCUGUUGAUCGGAGGCUACACGUAUCAUCAGGGCAGCUUUCUUUAUAUCACAUCAAGUGGCGAUGUGGUGCUGGAUCGAGUCGUCACCGGUGACGGCAUGCGGAGGGGCGAACGACGGUUAUCCGGUUCACGUAAACACGUGGCCGGUAUGUCGGCCGGCAAGCAGAACGAGUCACCCAAGAGGCAGAGUGUGCGGGAAAUGAUGAGAGAUAUUUGCAGCACUCUGUUCGUUAUAUUCUGUGCGAUGAUCGUUCACUACACCAACGAGGACGAAGAUACGUCUAAAUUUGUUGAUCCCUUGUGUUCCAUCAUGUCCUGUGUCGUUUUAUUAACGCUGAGCUAUCCGUACAUGAAAGAAUCCGGUAUGAUACUAUUGCAGACCAUACCGGACACGAUCGAUAUCGACAUCUUCGAAAAGUCGUUAAUGGAUAGCUUUCCGGACAUUGUUAGCGUACACGAUCUCCACAUCUGGCAGCUUAGUUCAAACAAAUACGUGUCAACGGCUCACAUCAUCUUCGGCACAACCAAGGUCUACGCCGCAAUAAACGACCAGGUUAUAACAUUUUUCCAUGAUCAGGGCAUCAAUCAGGUGACCAUUCAACCCGAAUUCAAGACAAAACUCCCGGAACUUCCACUGUUGGCUGCCGCGGCUGAUGCGCCAACUUCCGCUGGCACGACGGCCAAGUGUCUGAUGCAGUGUCGCCAAGUCGGUUGUUUGGAACGACAUUGCUGCGAUAAUAUUACCAAAGAUAAUGGCAAGAGAUCUGCCGCUCCGCUGCCGACUCCAGAUUCCUCCGGAGCACCUGCGGUAGUAAAUCCAAAAGAUUCCGAGGAGAUUCCAUUGGAAGUCAGAUGCACCCAGCCGGUGGAAAACGUCACCACAAGUAGCAAUGAACAUCGGAGCGUUGAAGUUCCAGAUGAACCUCCUGCUACGGAAACCGUGGUUGUGGUAAAUGCUCAAUGCGAUGCUCAAACCUUAGAUAACUCCACUACUAAAACCGACCCAGACGAAACGAAGGUUCAGUAGCAACAUGCAGCCUUAGUACAAAACCAGUAAGACUGACUUCUGACCACGAGUGGUGGAAAAAUAUUAGACAGGUCGAAAAGAAAAACCGAGCAUUAAUCGAAAAAAAAUUAAACGGUUACGCUUAUUGCAGUUUCAAAGUGUUAAGUUUUAGCUAUUCAUUCUUUUAGAGUAUCUCAGUCGUAUAUGUUUGGGAAAGAAGAAGAAACCGCUAACACGUGAUUGUUGUUUUACGUUGAUUCCUAAUAGAAGCAGAUUUUAUGAUUGAAUAUGUCGAAAGAUGUUGCGACUUGUGAUACAUUUUAUGUUUGUAACAAAAGUUAAGCCAUACUAAAACAUAUUUAGUUUCGAGACGAACAAGAAUUAAGAAUCGAUGUUUAUGAUAACUAAAAUUUAAUUGAACGCACAACAUCUCAGUCCAGUUCCUGACGAGCGUGAAGCUUGAAAGUCACACAAGAAUUCUAACCCACCACUACUAAACUAAUACAACUUGGUUGAAUGGUAAAUUUAAAUUAAUCGACUUUUGUUGUUUCGAGAGCGCCUGAGUAAAGUGUCAACAUUUUAGAAUUGAAAUUCGCUGCAUUUUUUCCUCCAGUAUCAUAGUAUUAAUUGGUAACAUAAAAAAUAAACAGUUAAGGUGCCGCCACACGGACGCUAAUUCCCUUAGUUUCUAAAGCCUGUAGUACACUCUUUGACCGAGAGUCAAAUAUUUGUCACUUUUGGACAGAUAAAAGUUUGGUCAAAGAUAAUUAUUUGUCACUCUCCAAUUUUAACAUGGGGCUUAAGUCUUAAGCCUGUAGUACACUCUUUGUCUGAUGGUCAAAUAUUUGACCUUCUGACAUAAUGGUCAAAUUUAUUUGACAUCAUGGUUGUUGUUUGCCCGUGUUUGCCCCAUGUUAAAAUCGGAGAGUGACAAAUAAUUAUCUUUGACUAAAGUGACCAGAUAGUUGAAGCUCCAACGCGGGACACACCUAUUUAAUUAUGCGUCGGACGGAGAGGAGAGGAGGGGGGAGAUUAAUGUUGGUUAUUUUGAAACGGUAAAAAUCACACGUGAAUUAUUGUUAAAGUCAGCGGAACAUUUAUUUAUUGUCCAGGAAAAUAUAGGCUAUAAGCCCGUUAUCCACACUUAAGAUUAAAAUACAAUAAAUUCAAAAACAACAAUACAAACAAUUAACAGUCACGAAGUUGUCCUCUUAAAUAUUAACUUAAUCUAUUUUUUAAAACUGUUGGAGACAUGUCAAUAUUAAUAAUGUGCUGUAAUUCAUUAAAAGAUCUCAUAAAACUGCAUGUAGGUUCGUGUUGUGAAUAAUUCCGAGCUCGUUGCGGAGGGUUGAACACUCUUGGAUUUCUUAGCGUAACUGGGCUGAUAUUCAGGUGUAUUCGAGCUGAGAGACUACGACUAUCGGCCCGUCCCGCUAAUAUAUUGGUGAAAAACACUAUAUCAGCAAUCCUUUGUCGGCAAUGUACUGUGUCAAUAUUGACUAAUGCGCACAAUUCUUGAUAGGGAGGUAAUUGAUCUCCAUUGCAUCUGAGGUUCCGUAGGGCAAAACGCAUAAACUCUUUUUGAAUUCCUUCAAUUCUCUGUAUAUGUGUUACAUAUUGGGGGCGCCAAACGACGCUCGCAAAGUCCAGCUUGCUUCGCACUAACGAUUUGUAAAUGGCUAAUAUGGAAUGAGGGUCUUUAAGAUCACGCCCGUACCGUCUCACGAGCGAAAAUAAUCUUAAGCUGUCUGUGACUACAUUUUCAAUAUGGUUAGUAAACGAAAGCGAUCGGUCAAAUAUAACGCCUAGAUCGCGAACUGUUUCUUUACGUGUUAGUUCAGUUCCAUUGAAAUGGUACCUAAACAUGAGCGGAGAUAUUUUACGAGAAAAUGUCAUGACUGAACAUUUGUCCGCGUUGACAUUUAGGCCACUAUCCGAGCAGAAUUGUCCGAAACUUUGCAUGUCCAGUUGUAAUUUAAGACAGUCACUGCUUGUUUUGAUAGGCAGGAAAAUUUUUACAUCAUCAACAUAAAUCAGGAUUAUGGCAUUAGUCAAGUAGUCUGGAAGUUUAUUCAUCACGAGUACAAAUAACAUAUAUUUAAACCACAAUGUUUGGAGCAACACAAGAAAUCAUCCCGAAAAUAAGAACAAAAAAAUAAGAACAAUUAAGACAAUUCAACGUUUCUUCAACGAAACAUACGUUCUAUAAAUAACUUUCGCAGCAAAUAAUUUUUAUCGUUCAAAGUAACUUAGGUACGCAUAAGCAACUUACAGUUUUUGUAAAUAGUUUUGCUGCCACUUCUUUGUAAAUUAAGCAAAUUAACAAUUAGCGUUUGGAAGACCAACAUCUUGACGACGCUAGCAGUUCAGAUGUAAAAUUAAUGAAAUCGCUAAGCCACUAACUAAUAUUUAGUUCCUGGUAAAAACAACGCGCAGUUUACUUUUCAAAUUUUGGAAUACAAUAAUAUUGAUUUCAAAAUGAAGCAAGAGGGUAUUAAUGAGUAGAUUAAUAAUUAUCGAAACGGCACGUUGUCCCAGUAAAGAUUUGUGAAAUCUGGUGAUACAAUUUUACUGAAACCGCAGGAUAUCUCAAGGGUACGCGGGAUGUUUUAAAUGAACGCGGGACAUUUCGCGGGACGCAUUUCUGCGCGGGACAUUUUGUUGAAAAGCGGGACUGUCCCGCGAAACGCGGGGCGUCUGGUCACUUUAUCUUUGACCAAAUUUUUAUCUGUCAAAAAGAGACAAAUAUUUGACGCUCGGUCAAAGAGUGUACUACAGGCUUUAGAUGUUUGUAAAAAGCAAUUUUUCAUCACUGAAUAGUAGGCUAUGAACUAUUCGGGCAUGACUAGCGAACCUAUACAUUAGAGAAAUGACAAGACACUCACCGUUAAGGCAACUGUCAACAUC